CUCGGCGGCGGGCGGAUGCCGGGGCGGGCGGAGCGGAGCCGAGCCGGGGCUCGCCGCCGCACUCGGGCGAGGGCUGCGCAGGCAUGAGAGGCCGGCGGGGCUGAGCCGAGCCGCGCCGCGGGCAGGGCGGAGAGAGGGGCUGCGGGGAGCGCCCGGCCCCGCAUUUCCAUGGUGCCGGGGGCUGCGCGGAUCCCCCCGCCGUGAGCCGGGAGCCGGCACCCGGGAGGCGGGCGGCACCGGAGCUGCGAGGGCUGAACCAUGUGAGGGACGUUGCCGGGGCUCAGGACGCGCGCGGGGAACACGGAGUUUGCCUUUCCCAGGAUGGAUCAGAGGAGGAACUGGCCUCGGGCACUGGACUCUGAUGGCUGGUCAGUGGCUUUGCUCUGUCUCUUCCUGGCAUCGCUCUCCCGAAGCGUGUCCAGCAAUGCCUUGUUCAGCACUUUCCACUCCGAGAACCGGGACUGGACGUUCAACCACCUGACUGUGCACCAAGGCACCGGCGCAGUCUACGUUGGGGCUAUCAACAGGGUUUACAAGCUCUCGGGUAACCUGACCAUUUUGGUGGCUCACAAAACAGGUCCUGAGGAGGAUAACAAAUCCUGCUACCCACCCCUCAUCGUCCAGCCGUGCAGCGAGAUCCUCACCCUCACCAACAACGUCAACAAGCUGCUCAUCAUUGACUACUCGGAGAACCGGCUGCUGGCCUGUGGCAGCCUCUACCAGGGCGUCUGCAAGCUGCUGCGCCUCGACGACCUCUUCAUCCUGGUGGAGCCCUCCCACAAGAAGGAGCACUACCUCUCCAGCGUCAACAAGACGGGCACCAUGUACGGCGUGAUCGUGCGCUCGGAGGGCGAGGACGGGAAGCUCUUCAUCGGCACGGCCGUGGAUGGGAAGCAGGAUUAUUUCCCCACCCUCUCCAGCCGCAAACUGCCCCGGGACCCGGAGUCGUCGGCGAUGUUGGAUUAUGAGCUCCACAGCGACUUUGUCUCGUCCCUCAUCAAAAUCCCCUCAGACACCCUGGCCCUCGUUUCGCACUUUGACAUCUUCUACAUCUACGGCUUCGCCAGCGGCAACUUUGUGUAUUUUCUGACUGUGCAGCCGGAGACCCCCGAGGGCGUCUCCAUCAACUCCGCCAGCGACCUCUUUUACACCUCCCGCAUCGUCCGGCUCUGCAAGGACGACCCCAAGUUCCACUCCUACGUGUCUCUGCCCUUCGGCUGCGUCAAGGGGGACACGGAGUACCGCCUGCUGCAGGCAGCGUACCUCUCCAAGCCGGGGGACGUGCUGGCCAGGUCCCUCAACAUCACUGCCCAGGAGGACGUCCUCUUUGCCAUCUUCUCCAAGGGGCAGAAGCAGUACCACCAGCCGCCCGACGACUCCGCGCUCUGCGUCUUCCCCAUCCGCGCCGUCAACGCCCAGAUCAAGGACCGCCUGCAGUCCUGCUACCAGGGGGAGGGCAACCUGGAGCUCAACUGGCUGCUGGGGAAGGAUGUCCAGUGCACUAAAGCGCCAGUCCCCAUCGAUGACAACUUCUGUGGGCUCGACAUCAACCAGCCCCUGGGGGGCUCGACGCCGGUGGACGGGGUGACGCUUUUCACCUCCAGCCGCGACAGGAUGACGUCCGUGGCCUCCUACGUCUACAACGGCUACAGCGUGGUGUUCGUGGGCACCAAGAGUGGCAAGCUGAAGAAGAUCCGAGCAGAUGGUCCUCCCCAUGGUGGAAUUCAGUAUGAAGUGGUGACAGUUUUCAAGGACGGGAGCCCAGUCCUUCGAGACAUGGCCUUCUCCAUCGACCAGAAGUACCUGUACGUCAUGUCAGAGCGACAGGUGUCCCGGGUGCCCGUGGAGUCCUGUGAGCAGUACACGACCUGCGGGGAGUGCCUGAGCUCGGGGGACCCCCACUGUGGCUGGUGCUCCCUCCACCACAUGUGCUCCCCGAGGGACAGCUGUGAGCGAGCCCACGAGCCCUUCCGCUUCGCAGGCAGCAUCAGCCAGUGCCUGAGCGUCACGGUGCAGCCCAGCAGCAUCUCCGUGUCCGAGCACAGCCUCCCGCUCAGCCUGCUGGUGAGUGAUGCCCCAGACCUGACAGCCGGGGUCACCUGCCUCUUCGGGAACCUGACGGAGGUGGAAGGGCAGGUUUCGGGCAGCCAGGUGGUGUGUGUGUCACCACCAGCCAAAGAUGUUCCUGCCAUCCCCGUGGAUCAAGACUGGUUCGGGGUCGUGCUCCAGCUGAGGUCGCAGGAGACGGGGAGGACGUUCGUCAGCACAGAGUUCAAGUUCUACAACUGCAGCGCCCACCAGCUGUGCCUGUCCUGUGUGAACAGCGCCUUCCGCUGCCACUGGUGCAAGUACAGGAACCUCUGCACCCACGACCCCACCACGUGCUCCUUCCAGGAGGGGAGGAUCAACAUCUCUGAGGACUGUCCCCAGCUCUUCCCCACGGAGGAGAUCCUGAUCCCGGUGGGAGAGGUGAAACCCAUCACGCUGAAGGCGAGGAACCUGCCGCAGCCGCAGUCGGGGCAGCGCGGGUACGAGUGUGUGCUCAGCAUCCAGGGCGUCAUCCACCGCGUGCCCGCCCUGCGCUUCAACAGCUCCAGCGUCCAGUGCCAGAACAGCUCGUACCUCUAUGAUGGGAUGGACAUCAGCAACUUAGCCGUGGACUUUGCCGUGGUUUGGAAUGGGAACUUUGUUAUUGACAACCCGGAGGAUCUGAAAGUGCACCUCUACAAGUGCGCGGCCCAGCGCGAGAGCUGCGGGCUCUGCCUCAAGGCCGACCCCAAAUUCGAGUGUGGCUGGUGCAGUGGGGAGGCCAAGUGCACCCUGAGGCCCCACUGCAGCUCCCCCUCGGCCCAGCCCUGGCUCGACUGGUCCAGCCGCAACGUCAAGUGCUCCAACCCCCGGAUCACCGAGAUCCUCACGGUGUCGGGCCCACCAGAAGGAGGGACGAGGGUGACCAUCCGUGGAGUGAACCUGGGCCUGGACUUCUCGGAGAUCGCGCACGGGGUGCAGGUGGCCGGGGUGCCCUGCGCGCCCCUGCCCGAGCACUACAUCGUGGCAGAGCAGAUCGUCUGUGAAAUGGGGCAGGCGCUUCCAGGGAUCAGCUCCGGCCCAGUGCUCCUGUGCAUCGGAGAGUGCAAGCCCGAGUUCACGGCCAAGUCGGCGCAGCAGUACAUGUUUGUGACUCCAGUGGUGAGUUUCCUGAAUCCCAGCCGCGGGCCCGAGUCGGGAGGGACGAUGGUGACCAUCUCUGGGCACUACCUGGGAGCUGGCAGCCGUGUGUCCGUGCUCCUGGGAAACCAGACCUGCGAGUUCUACGGGCGAUCCACGAGCGAGAUAGUCUGUGUGUCAGCCCCAUCAGCCCACGGCCUGGGGGCUGUUCAGGUCUCUGUCAGCGUGGACAGGGCUCAGCUGGAGAGGACCUUGCAGUUUGAGUACAUUGAUGAUCCCAAGGUGCAGCACAUCGAGCCCGAGUGGAGCAUCGCCAGCGGGCACACGCCCCUGACUGUCACUGGCUCCAACCUGGACGUGAUCCAGGAGCCGAGGAUCCGCGUCAAGUACAAUGGGAAGGAGUUUGUCAACGUGUGCAAGGUGGUGAACUCCACGGUGCUGCUGUGCCUCGCUCCCCCCCUCAGCCCCGAGUACCGGCCCGGCCUGGACGCCGUGGAGCGGCCGGACGAGUUCGGGUUCAUCUUCAACAACGUGCAGGCCCUGCUGGUCUACAACGACACCAAGUUCAUCUACUACCCCAACCCCACGUUUGAAAUGCUGAGCCCCACCGGGGUGCUGGAGCAGAAGCCAGGCUCACCCAUCAUCCUGAAGGGCAGAAACCUGUGCCCGCCUGCCCCGGGAGGAGCCAAGCUCAACUACACCGUGCUGAUCGGGGAAACCCCCUGUGCUGUCACUGUCUCCGAGACCCAGCUGCUGUGCGAGCCCCCAAACCUCACUGGACAGCACAAAGUCAUGGUGCGUGUUGGUGGGGUCAUCUUCUCCCCCGGCUCGGUGAGCAUCAUCUCAGACAGCCUCCUGACCCUGCCGGCCAUCGUCAGCAUCGCGGCCGGGGGCAGCCUCCUCCUCAUCAUCGUCAUCAUCGUCCUCAUCGCCUACAAGCGCAAGUCCCGUGAGAACGACCUCACCCUCAAGAGGCUGCAGAUGCAGAUGGACAACCUGGAGUCCCGGGUGGCCCUGGAGUGCAAGGAGGCUUUUGCAGAGCUGCAGACGGACAUCAAUGAGUUGACCAGCGACCUGGAUCGCUCCGGGAUCCCCUACCUGGACUAUCGGACUUAUGCCAUGAGAGUCCUUUUCCCUGGCAUCGAGGACCACCCUGUCCUGCGGGAGCUGGAGGUCCAAGGGAACGGGCAGCAGAGCGUGGAGAAGGCCUUGAAGCUCUUUGCUCAGCUGAUCAACAACAAAGUCUUCCUGCUGACCUUCAUCCGGACGCUGGAGCUGCAGCGCAGCUUCUCCAUGCGCGACCGCGGCAACGUGGCCUCGCUCAUCAUGACGGGGCUGCAGGGCAAGCUGGAGUACGCCACGGACGUGCUGAAGCAGCUGCUCUCCGACCUCAUCGAGAAGAACCUGGAAAACAAGAACCAUCCCAAGCUGCUCCUGCGCAGGACCGAGUCGGUGGCUGAGAAGAUGCUGACAAACUGGUUUGCCUUCCUCCUCCACAAGUUCCUCAAGGAAUGUGCUGGAGAGCCACUCUUCAUGCUCUACUGUGCCAUCAAGCAGCAGAUGGAGAAAGGCCCCAUUGAUGCCAUCACAGGAGAAGCCCGUUACUCCCUCAGCGAGGACAAGCUCAUCCGGCAGCAGAUCGAGUACAAGACUCUGAUCCUAAACUGUGUGAACCCAGAUAAUGAGAACAGUCCAGAGAUCCCCGUGAAGGUGCUGAACUGUGACACCAUCACCCAAGUCAAGGAGAAGAUCCUCGAUGCCGUGUACAAAAACGUCCCGUAUUCCCAAAGACCAAGGGCCGUGGACAUGGAUUUGGAGUGGCGGCAGGGCCGGAUCGCCCGUGUGGUCCUGCAGGAUGAAGACAUCACCACCAAGAUCGAGGGAGAUUGGAAGCGCCUGAACACCUUGAUGCACUAUCAGGUGUCCGACCGCUCAGUCGUGGCUCUCGUUCCCAAGCAAACCUCCUCCUACAAUAUUCCUGCCUCUGCCAGUAUAUCCCGGACAUCUAUCAGCAGAUACGACUCCACCUUCCGCUACACCGGCAGCCCCGACAGCCUGCGCUCCCGGGCCCCCAUGAUCACCCCCGACCUGGAGAGCGGGGUCAAGGUCUGGCACCUGGUCAAAAACCACGACCAUGGAGACCAGAAGGAGGGAGACAGGGGCAGUAAGAUGGUGUCUGAGAUCUACCUGACCAGGCUGUUGGCCACAAAGGGAACGCUGCAGAAGUUCGUGGACGACUUGUUCGAGACGCUGUUCAGCACCGUGCACCGCGGCAGCGCGCUCCCGCUCGCCAUCAAGUACAUGUUCGAUUUCCUGGAUGAGCAGGCGGACAAGCACGGCAUCCACGACACGGAUGUGAGGCACACGUGGAAGAGCAAUUGCCUCCCCCUCCGAUUCUGGGUGAACGUAAUCAAAAACCCCCAGUUCGUGUUCGACAUCCACAAGGGCAGCAUCACGGACGCCUGCCUCUCCGUCGUGGCUCAGACCUUCAUGGAUUCCUGCUCCACCUCGGAGCACCGCCUGGGCAAGGACUCCCCCUCCAACAAGCUGCUGUACGCCAAGGACAUCCCCAGCUACAAGAGCUGGGUGGAGAGGUAUUACGCCGACAUCGCCAAGCUCCCCGCCAUCAGCGACCAGGACAUGAACGCCUACCUCGCCGAGCAGUCGCGCCUGCACGCCGUGGAGUUCAACAUGCUGAGUGCCCUCAACGAGAUCUACUCCUAUGUCAGCAAGUACAGCGAAGAGCUCAUCGGGGCUCUGGAGCAGGAUGAACAGGCACGUAGACAGCGGCUGGCUUACAAAGUAGAGCAACUUAUUGGGGCCAUGUCUAUUGAGAGCUGAAGAAAGGUCGUGGUGCUCAAGGCUGGCAAAGGGCAGAGGAUCACAUGGACUCUCGGGAAUUUAGAGGGAGAACAAGCAAGGAAGGCGCUGGACACAAAUACCAAGGCUCUUCUGGAGCGAACAGAGACUGGCCCAAGGACUGACUGCAUUCAAAAAUCAUGUAGGAACCGGUUUGAAAGGCAGGAAGAGAAGAAGAUAAAACAUCUCAAUCCAAGUCUGAUCAAGGUGGAUCAUUUUUUCGAGCAUACAUGGAAAGAAGGAACCUGGAUGUCUCCAUGACUGCUGCUUUGCAUGAAAAUUGUUUGAUGUAUAUUAGAAAAUAAAACUUUAUUUAAAGGCCUUUUUUUUUUUUUUUUAAGAAAAGGAGAAAAAAGUACAAAAAAAAAAAAAAAAGGAGCAAAAACCACAGAGGCCAUAGAAAUAAUCCUGGCAACAAGGAUCAGCUCUGAAUCCUGUCCUCGAGAGCCUCCUGAGGACGCGGCUCAGACAUUCUGCGAACGGACUCUCACACCAGUUGGAACAUCUGGAAAACCGAAAUCGUCUUCUUUUUGGGAUCUUAUAAAACAACAUGAGCACAAGUUUGCACCACACCUUUCUCCACGAAGUGAAAUAGCGGUUUAGCCUGAAAAUAGUUCAGUGGCUGAGUAACUUAUAGGCACUAGAAGGAACUUUACCUGAAUUGCAAAACCAUCAGAUCAUCCGACCUGUCCUGAAGUCCAGCUUUAUCGAUGUAUUUAUAUAGUGUCAAUAUAUAUAUAUUUUUUUUAAAUCCCAUUUGCUGUCGAAGGAGGAAAGAUCGGAAUUUAAAUACUUUUUCCCAUUUCUACCCCAUUCCACCUCGCAGUGGUUGCGGUGAUCCAGCAGUGAUGGGCUCAGUGCCUGGCAUGACUGUGAUGAUCCAGCAGUGAUCUGGCAGUGUCCAGCAUGGCUGAGGUGAUCCAGCAGUGACCCAUCCAGUAUCCCAUUGCUGGUCCCACAUGAGCCCAGCUGGCCUCCUGCCCUCACCCCAUCUGGGCAGAGCUGGGAUGACACCUCCAGGGUUGAUUUUGGGGGGUUUCUUGCAGCCACCUCCCAUUUCUUGCAGUAAAACCCAACAAAGCCCCGAUGUUUACAGUGGGUGAUACUUGAAAAGCCUGGACAUCACAAGAGGAGACAUUUGUUGCUCUUCUCUUUGCCACGCAGAGCCAGUUGGCACAGGCUCCCUUUGGGUUUCUCUGCCAUGCUGCCCAGGGUCAGGACUUGUAUUUCCACUGGAAAGGGGAAAGAAAUCUCUGCUCUAGGCAAGGACAAACCUUAACCAGCACCCGCAGGCCAGCCAGUGCUGCUGUCGUGUCUCUGUCUCGGCGUCUCAUUGUUCUCUUCAGUCCCUUGCUGGCCCCCCCAGCACGUGUUCUUGUGGCCAGUGACAGGCAAAUGUUUGUGAGUGUUAUUACUUUCAAAGACACCAAAGCUUAUGUGUGUCCCUUUGUAGAGUGCCAGGAGGGGAAGGAACGCUGUAAAUAUUUCUCUCUGUAGUAAAUACUGAUAUGUGUGCAGGCUGCAGCGGGGAGGACAGGGUGAUGAGGUCUAAUGGAAAUACAAGUAUUGACUGCAUGAGCUUGGCAGUGGCACCAAAACAGCUCCUGGCAUCUGCUCAGCCUGCCCGGGCAGGGCCACACCAGACUGGGAGCUUAGUUUGCGGCCAGCGUGUGUCGAAGGAAAAUCCAUUUUCAUAUCCAUCCCCCUCCUCCACUGUUCCUGCCUAGAGGAGCCCAGCGGGGUCACCACGGGCUCCCUGGGCACCAGAGAGCUGCUGGUUUUCUGUCUCUUGCAGUUCAGCAACAGGAGAGGGGAGAAGAGCGUGCAGAGAAAUACUCAGGAAACCUGUUGGUUUAAUUAGCGUUCAGUAAAAGCCAUGCCAAGCCUGCUUUCUUUUGGCAAUCCACUUCUGUGAGUUUCUCUGGGCCCUGUUAAUAUUCUGGAAGAAAAUACUGAUGACAGUGAUUGACUUUGUGCAAUAACUUCUUGACAUUUACAACGGCCUGAGCACUGGAUUUACUGAGACAUGGAGAGAGCAUCAGAAACAGAGACUGCCAGGCAGAGCAGGAUUCAUACUGCCUGUUACUGGGGAGUUCCCUUCCCAGGGAUCCUGCUCCUGCACAGUGAAUCUAAUGUCAAAGGCAGAAAAUGUGCAAAUGUCUGGGUUGUCCUGUUGGGCAUCACAGAGCCCAGUGCCAGGGAUGGCGUUGGAGCAUCCACCAGCCUGGCCUGCUCUUUGCUGUGGGUCUCACAGGACAUUGCAGAGGGUCAGGCUUUGAAAUCCUGGGGUUUUUUGCUGGUUCUAUUCCUGCUGCUCCCUGGGAUCCAUCACACAGCUCAGCUGAGGGAUUUCCAGGUCUGUGUUCUAGCUGUGAUGGUUGUUUUGGGUAUUUGUACUCAGAUCAUUCACCAAAUUCUCAUGGUACUCUGAAACCCAAAGAGAGCAACUCCAAAUAGUUCCCAAACAGUUUCCAAACACAGUCUGAAGAGUUAUCUCUGCAGGAUUCACAAAAUAUGAGUACUGCCCAAAGCAGAGGCCUGGCUUUGCAUCACCUGGGUCUGGGGACUGUGUGCCUGCCAAGCCAGCCUUCGUGGUCCUCUUCUCUACAUCUCUUUGAGAGGCUUUUGCAUACCCAUUUUAAGCUUGCUUUCCUCCUCCUGCUCUCUACCUUCUGGCCAGGAGCACCCCACAAGCCAAGGUUUUGUCAUUCCCCGCUCCCCUGUAUUUUCUCAGCAGAGGUGGAGGGCCCCCAAACAUCCCCUGGAUUCUCUGGGAGAGCACUAAGGAGAGAAGGGGACAACUGAGUUGAUCUUCCUUGCUAUGGGGAAAAUUUGAGCAGAGGAGAAAAGAGUGAGCAGCAGGAGCACUUUACAAACCAGUAAGUUCUUGUACUUUUGACUGAAUUCUGAGGGAAGCAGAAAAAAUAUCUCCACUCCCAUCACCUGGAAAAGCAUUGGGAGGACAGCAGAGGGAACAGCACAGUGCUGGCUGGAAGGGUGGCCUAGAAAUAACCUGCCAAGUAUCUACUCGUGGUGGUUGGCAUUAAUUAUGGAUCUUUACAGGCAAUUAUAUGGAAUGAAGCAACAUAUCCCCUUGGGGCAAAGCACUUGUAAUCUAUUGCCCUGUUUGCAUCCGUCAUUUCCAUUACUCCUUUGGGAAGAGGAAGCUUCAGAUCUCAAAAUAGCAUUUUCUUUGCACUUGCAGCAAACUGGACUCGAGGUUUGGUCAGGAGGGGGCAGUUGCCUUAGAUGAAAUGAUUUCACAUCCCUCUCGUUGCCCCCUUCCUCCUGCAAGGUCGGUUGGUGUUCAGAGUCUCCAGUUCACUUCGUUUCAGGUAUUCCGACAUCAAAGUGGGAGACGUCAUUUUUUCCGGAAUCUCUCUGCCUGGUGUCGCCGCUUAAAUAAUUCCAUUUAAUCUUCUGCUCAUGAGCUAUCAAAGCACCCACUCCGAGGGGGAGCGAGGUGCUAAUCAAACGCUUCUCCACCUUGAAAGCCUUUAUUAAAAACCCCAUAUACAGGAGUGCAACUUAUAGGCGAGCUUGUCUCGGCAUGAGCCCCGCUGCGGAGCGCUGCAGCCCACCGGGACACGGAGGAUGUGGACAUCAAGUGGUCCACACUUUGCCAUAAAGGAUGAAUUUAUGUGUAAAGGGAGGCAGGAGGGAUCAGCACGGCCAGAGCACUGGAAACCCUGUGAGAUCCAGCAUGGACCAGCCUGCAGCUGCGUGAGGACCCACCCUGAGGACCAGCGCUGAGAAACAAAACUGCUGCCACGGCCUCACUGCUGGUGGGGAGAAUCCCAGCAGCAUUCCAUGUGUGUAUCCCUGAAGGAGGCUGGAUGUGGCCGUGCUGGACAUGAUGCCUUCCUGCAGGUCUCGGUGCUGUGACACUCUGAGGAUGGUGAGUGCAGCCACCUGACACGGUGGCAACAGAGACCUUCAUCACAGCAGUGCCUUCAACACACUGUCUUAAAAUCCUUGAUGGCCCAUCCCCACGUAAGUUCUCUCUCCUGCCUUCAACUGGACUUCACCAAAAAUGUCAUAAUGUAGGAAACAACUCGGGUGGGCACAUGGAGGACGAAAGCAAGAGCACUUAAAGCUCCGGGGCUGCAGUUUGUGAACGAUGCUGACUCCCAGCCCCUCAUGGUGAGUCGUUUGAGCCUGUGUGGAAAGGGUGGGAGCACUCCCCUCCUCCAGUGGGCACAAGGUCUUAUCUCCAGAAGUCCCAAGCAGCCAGUGGGUAUGAGGAACACUGACCUGCCUGCUGCAGCCCUCACCCAGCUUGGCAAAGGGCAGAGCAGCUCCCUGUGAUGCUCCUGUGCCUCGAGCCCAUUCCCUGGCAGCAGCCCAGCCACGUUCUCGCCUGUCACUGGCUCUUCUGCAUCCAGUUUCCUGUGCUGUCAGAGCUCACCUGUCAUGGGGACUCAGCUGGCCCAACUAAAUGGAACUAAAAUAGACUGACUUGAAAAAGCUGGGCCAUCGGGGAGAGCUCACGUGUGACUGUACCCUGGAGAGAAGAAAAAAUGUUCAGAGAAGGGUAAAUAACUGGCAUCAAAGAUGCAUUAAAACGCCACAGAGCUUCAGCCAUUGUAUUUCAGAGUCACAUUUGUACCAUAAAUCGCAAGCCAGUGGUGCAGGGAGCUGUGACAUUGUACAUAGUUGUGUGUGAGGUGGAGCUCGGAGCACAGUCCCAUCUGUCCCGAAUGUGUCUUUGGUGAAAACACCCACAACCACCCCAGCCUUCACCCAGCACCACUGAGAGCAGCGGGGCAGAGGCUGCAGGCAGAGCACUGCUGACAGCUCUGAGGCCACCCCACACCUGCGUGGCCAGGAGGGCUUGGUUUUAUUAACGAAAAUAACUGGAGUGGAAGAUGCCCCGUGUGCGCUGCGAAGGUGCCGUUCGGGCUCUGCUGAGCUGAGCAACCCUCCGUGUGCAGGGUCAGGGGAGGUUGGUUGGAUUAGUUUUGCAGGGGAGGAGGAUGGGAGCCUUCAGACUGAUUUUGGUUGUGCAAAGCCUCUGUUCUCCCUGAAAACCCCCAGCUUCAGGCAGUGCUCCAUGGGCAUGGCACAGAGGCCUGAGUCCCAGCUGCGGGUGGUACCUGGUGCCUUCCUGGCUCCUGGAAGAAAACUGGGGGGUCUGUGGUGCAUGUCCUGCACCCCAGGGUGCUUUGGGUGCUGGGGCCAUGCCAGGGUGGGAGAUGGGGAGGUGAAGGAGCGGGGCAGUGUGGGAUGGCAGAGCCCAACUGCUCCCUUGCUGGAAAAGCCACUCCAGUCCCAUCUGGGUGUCCGUGCCCACAUUGCUGGGGUGGCACCAGGAGCAGCUCAACUGAAGGUGUUCUGGCCGUGCUGUGAGCACGGCAGUGUCUGUGUGCUUGUUCUUUCAGAUCCCCCUUUGCCCCCAUGUUACCCAUUCCUCUCCUUUCUUUGUAAAAGUGGAAUAUAAUCCCGAAAAACAUAGACGUUCCUGUAGCGCCGAAGAACACGCUCAAAAAGACCUGCAGGGUCCAUCCAACUGCAUGGACAAUAUCCCAAACUCUCUGGGCCUCCUGAGGCUGCCAAAUCAAACAUGAGAUCUCCUGUAUGGCCUUUCCUUUGAGAUUUUUUUUUCAAUACCUCUAUUUCGAAUAAGCUUGGAAGUUUAUGCAACAGCUUCUCCAUCCGGUGUUUCCACCCCAUGGACACAAAGGUGCACCUGGAACAGGAGACUUUGGAAGGUAAAUGAGCUGAUUUUGCCACGUUAUUUCAUGGCUUCAGAAGAUAAUGCAGUAAAAUGUCCUUCUCUUAUUGAUGAGUGUUUUGGUGUUAAUGGCACCUUGGGGGCUGUUACGGUGGGAAGCAGGAAGGGGAAGGGAAUGUACAGGUACUAAAGCUUCUGGAGUCCCCAAAACCAUCACAGAAUGUAGAGGUAUCAGCCAUGGAACAGAUUCUGAUUUCUUCUGCCCCCUUCCCCUCUUUAAAACCAACACAGUUUGGGGGGAUUUGUGUAUUGGCAGGAGUAAGGAAUUGGUUUGGAUCCGUACCCAUUCCACUGUAUCGUUCUCUGGCUCCUCCCCUCCCCAUUAUACUUGACACACUGGAGUUCUGUAUUAUAUUUUUUUUUAAGAUGAUUGUCUGUUUUUUGUUGUUUUUACAAGUGUUGUGGAAAAAAAAAUGUAAGAAAGUUUAAGUAUUUAAAAAUGUUCCAAGGAGAAAAAAAAAGGGGGUUUUGUUAUUAUUCUAAUAUAUUAUUGUGUACCUAUUGUAAAUAUGAAACACUCCUAUUUUGCAAGCCAAGGACUCACUUUGUACUGUUGUUAUAUAUAAAUAAAGUUUACUGGUUAAAAAAGCC